AUGAGGAUAACAGCGGCGACAUUGUUUCCAUUAUUUAUCGGCUUGUUCGGCUUGGUGGAGAACGUAAUUGGCCUCAAAGUGAAUAAGGAUCACCAACAUCAGCGACAGCUCUCAGGUGGUCCGCUCGAUAGAGGUCGGCGAGGUUAUACGUCGGUAAACGAUGACUUUGGCUACAUUUCCGAUGCCAUGCUGCCGGAUGUACAUGGCGACAGUAGCAGCUCGCUCGAUGCAACUGUAUCAAAGGGCGCCAACACUGCUGGUGUACCACCGUACAAGCCGGAGGUCUCCACUAGCUUACCGGCUUUUUCCGGGACGGUUACUAACGUGAAACCAACGUAUGGUGCAAACAACCAGGAGGAAGAAGAGGAAGAAGAAAAUGAGGAGGAUGGGUAUGAGGAUGGUGGCGAACUAUUGGGAAACUUCGAUGGAGAUAGUCGAGCGACCGAGGAUCGAGCUCCAAAUGCGAAUAAGCACGACUCGUUGGACUACACCGAUAACUUUGAGGUAGGGGCUAUCGAUCAGAUCGAGAGCUUUGGAGCGGGAAAUGACGGAACGCCGUAUCCGGUGUUUAUAGUCGAGCCAAAGAGUGCUUAUGUAAUGAAGAACCGACCAGCCAAGCUGUACUGUAAGGCGUCACAUGCACUCCAGAUCUCAUUCAAGUGCAGCGGAAGUGCAAAACCUCCACCAACGGAGGAAGAACACCACACAGAUCCACAUACCGGUGUGCAGCUGCAAGAAGCCACGGCCACCAUCACUCGAGAGCUCGUCGACGAGUUUUUCGGCAAAGGCCCAUUCAAAUGUGAAUGCCGUGCUUACUCGUCCCGCGGUCAUGUCAAGACCCAACCGGUUACGAUCCAGACAGCAACUAUAAAGAAACAAAUUAGCAUCUCACCAAAGACCGUACGCGUAGCCACGGGUGGUCGGGCAGAACUGGUUUGCAUCGCUAAUGCAACACCUGCAGCAAAAGUCGAAUGGCAGAAAAACGGCGUUCCAAUGCAACCCAAUCCUCCUUACGUAGUGCUGACAGCUAGCUCUCUUCUAUUGACCAGAGUAAAUAUGCAGGACAUGGCAAAUUACACGUGUGUUGCCGAAAAUAUCGCCGGUAAACGCGUAUCUGAACCAGCUUUCAUCAAUGUCUACGUCGAUGGCGGAUGGAGCCAAUGGGGUCCUUGGACGGAUUGCAAAUGCCCCGGUCAUCCUAAGCAAGGUAAAAGGCGAUUGCGGAUAUGUAACAACCCAGAACCCAUCAAUAAUGGGACAACCUGUCAAGGAGUAAAUACAGAAUUCACUAGUGAUUGUUUACCUUGUUCUGCAGUCGGACGAUGGUCGAGUUGGUCAGAGUGGAGUGAAUGUGGCCAAGACUGCACCCAGAUUCGACAGCGCCACUGUAUCGGAAGCUCUUCAACAGCGCAAAUAUCUUCAUUCGGAGUUCCGCUCACUACAGCAGCCUUACCGACUGAUAGUACCUCAGCGCAAGCAGUUGCUCUCAACAAUAGUACAAACAUCAGUUGCGCUGGGAAGAGUCAGCAGUCCAUCAAGUGCUCCGAUGGGUUGUGCAAUAACACACCUUUAGGAUUCAACUGGUCCAUGUAUUUAUGGGCAUCUCUGUUCGCUAUCGUUUGCAUUGGAGCAGUGAUUUGCGGCUUUAAGUUCAUCAGGCUAAAGAAAACAAUUCCUUUGUAUAGUUCAGCACGUACAGAACUUCAAACUCAAUACUUCACGUAUGAGCGGAAACAGAUGACCCCGUGCAAUCCCGACCUGACGCAGAAUAUGGGGCUAAUAGAUUACGAAUAUCCACUGACGGAAAUGCAUCAACGGGACCAUAUCCUUUUAAAGGAUCACACACGUCCUCGGCAGACCAUGCUACAUUUCCAGCACGCACCAAUUGCAACAAGUGCCAAACGAUGGGUUUCAACCAUUACUGCCUUUACCCCGUCCCAACUCUGA